AUGUUCGCCCGAGGAAUCCGCGCUGUCUCCCGGCGAGCCGCUCUCGCUGCUCCUCUCGCCCGCCCUACUAUCCUCCCCGCUUCUCGACAGAUUGCUCCCGCUGUUGCCGUCAACGCCUCGCGCUCUUACCACGAGAAGGUCCUCGACCACUACUCGCGACCCCGAAAUGUUGGCUCCAUGAACAAGAAGGAUGCUGAUGUCGGAACUGGUCUUGUCGGUGCCCCCGCUUGCGGCGAUGUCAUGAAGCUUCAGAUCCGUGUCGACCCUGAAACCCAGAAGAUUUCCGAGGUCAAGUUCAAGACAUUCGGAUGUGGUUCCGCUAUCGCCUCCAGUAGCUAUCUCACUGAGCUCGUCCGCGGCAUGAGCCUGGAUGAUGCUGGUAAGGUCAAGAACACCGAGAUUGCUAAGGAGCUUUGCUUGCCUCCUGUUAAGCUGCACUGCUCCAUGUUGGCUGAGGAUGCUAUCAAGUCAGCUAUCUCCGACUACUAUACCAAGAACCCCAACGCCAAGGUCAGCAACCUCAGCGGUACUGGCAUGAAGCUUCCCGAGGCCGAUGCCCCCGCUGCCGCCACUGCUUAA